AUGUUAGAGUCUUUAGCUGCCAACUUGCUAAACCGAUUACUAGGCUCAUAUGUGGAGAAUUUCGACCCUGCCCAAUUAAACGUUGGAAUUUGGAGUGGUGACGUGAAACUAAAAAACCUGAAACUGAGAAAGGACUGUCUGGACUCGUUAGAUUUGCCCGUAGAUGUGAAAUCUGGUAUAUUGGGUGAUCUGGUAUUAACGGUACCAUGGUCAAGCUUGAAGAACAAGCCUGUGAAAAUUAUCAUCGAAGACUGUUAUUUGCUAUGUUCACCACGCUCAGAAGAUCACGAAAACGAUGAAGAAAUGGUAAUGAGAGCAUUCCGUUUGAAAAUGAGGAAGCUGGCGGAAUGGGAAUUGACUAACCAGGCCCGCAUAUUCAGCAAUCAAUCAGAAACCUCUAACAAGGCAUCUUCUGAAAAGAUGAAUGCUGGGUUCAUGCAGUCUUUGACUACAAAGAUUAUAGACAAUUUACAAGUUACCAUAAAGAACAUCCAUUUAAGAUACGAAGACAUGGAUGGAAUUUUUACCACGGGUCCAUCCUCUGUUGGGCUGACGUUGAAUGAAUUAUCGGCAGUGUCCACAGAUUCAAACUGGACGCCAAGUUUCAUCGAGAUUACUCAGAAUAUUACCCACAAACUAUUAACUUUGAACUCGCUUUGUUUGUAUUGGAAUACAGAUUCCCCGCCCUUAAUUGCCGAUGAUGAUCAAGAUACGAGCUUAGACAACUUCGUGUCCAGUUUCAAAAGUAUGAUUUCAUCCGACAAUUCAACCCUACCCAUGCACCAAUACGUUCUGAAACCAGUCAGCGGGGUGGGAAAAUUGAGCAUCAACAAGCUUGGAUCCACCGAGGAACAGCCCCAUAUCGAUUUACAAAUGUUUUAUGAUGAAUUCGGUAUAGAGCUAGACGAUACGGAAUAUAAUGAUAUCCUGCAUGUCUUGUCCAGCAUACAAUUGAGGCAAAUAACCAAAAAAUUUAAAAAAGUUAGACCAUCCUUCACCGCUACUGAGGAUCCGAUAGCAUGGUUUAAAUAUAUCGCAUCAUGUGUCGUUAACGAAAUUCAUGAAAAAAAUAAAAUGUGGACUUGGGAAAGUAUGAAAGAAAAAUGUGACCAACGGAGACUGUAUACACAACUAUGGGUUGAGAAACUGAAAUUAAAAAGUUUAGAGACCCCGUUACGUGACCAAAAUCAAGAGGCCCAACUGACUGAAUUGCAUAAAGAUCUAACGUAUGAUGAGAUCGUUCUCUUUAGAUCUGUCGCCAAGAGGCAGUAUGCGCAAUUUAAACUGGGCAUGAGUGAGGACUCGCCAACUCCCACUGCUAGCUCCCAAACUGAACCUCAAUCUUCAAACAAGUCUGCGGUAAAGGGAAAUGGCGGCUGGCUUUCUUCAUGGUGGAACGGCAAACCCACUGAUGAAGUGGACGAAGAUUUAAUAAUGACCGAAGAGCAACGUCAAGAACUUUACGAUGCCAUUGAGUUCAACGAAAACGAAGAUAAAGGCCCUAUCCUACAGCUUCCUAGAGACAGAGUCGAACUUCGUGUGACAGGCCUACUGAGAAAGGGUUCAUUUACUAUACGGAAGAAAAAGCAAAAUCUAAAGUUGGGUUCCAUUGUUUUCGAAAAUUGUAAAGUGGAUUUCGCGCAAAGGCCUGAUUCAUUUUUAGCAAGCUUCCAGUUGAACAAGUUUGGUUUAGAAGAUGGCUCACCUAACGCGUUGUACAAGCACAUUAUCAGCGUUAGAGGCACAUCUGAGGAUCAGCCACAAACUGAGGACCAUGCCAUUGAAGGAAAAGAGGAGGAGCCUUUAUUACUUGCCGCAUUUGAAUGGAACCCGUUGAAUGGAUUAGCUGAUUCGAGGCUCAACAUAAAAUUAUUGGGGAUGACUGUGUUUUAUCACGUUCAUUUUAUUACAGAAGUUCACAAGUUCUUCAAGGCCUCUAAUCAACACAUGGAAACACUUGGUAAUAUUGUUAAUGCUGCUGAGGCCACGGUAGAAGGUUGGACUACACAGACAAGAAUGGGUAUAGAAUCGUUGUUGGAAGACCACAAAACAAUAGACGUGACUUUGGACUUGCAGGCACCAUUGAUCAUACUACCAUUAGACCCACAUAAUUGGGACACUCCUUGCGCAAUCAUUGAUGCCGGUCAUAUUUCCAUAACUAGUGAUUUAGUACCAAAGGAGAAAAUAAAGGAAAUAAAACAAUUAUCACCGGAGGAAUAUGACAAGAUUGACGGAAAUGAAAUAAACAGGUUAAUGUUCGAUAGGUUCCAACUCUUAUCGCACAAUACCCAGAUUUUUGUUGGCCCUGACAUUCAAUCGACUAUAGGUAAGAUCAACACACCCUCAUCUACAAACGAUUUCAGAAUUUUGGAUAAAAUGAAAUUAGAAUUAACCAUGGAUAUAUCAAUCUUGCCCAAAGCCUAUAAACUACCUACGAUAAGAGUAUUUGGACAUUUACCUCGGUUAAGCCUUUCCAUAAAUGACAUUCAAUACAAAACCAUUAUGAACUUGAUCGCCAAUUCCAUCCCAUCAAUGAUUGAUGCAGAGCAAGAAAACAAUGACUAUACCAAUUACUCUUUUACUGGUUCCGAACAAGAAACUAAGAAGCAAAUUCAAUCACAACUAAAAAGUACCUUGAAAUUAUUGUCAAAUAUGCAACCACUACAAAUCCAACAGAAAUUUAUGGAAAUACACUUCGAUAUUGAUCAAGCCAAGAUAUCGUUCUUUCAGUGCAUUAAGAAUGACUCCAGAGACAGUGAAAAACUGAUUGAUAUCUUAUGCCAGAAAUUGAAUUUCAACUUUGAUAAGAGGGCUAAGGAAAUGAAUCUUGAUUUGAGAGUGCAUUCAUUAGAUGUCGAAGAUUUUAUCGAGCAAACUGAUAAUAAAGAUUUUAAAAACCUGAUAUCAUCUAGUACUGAGAAGGUGGCAAGAACCCCCAAAGAUUUGUUUACAUUAAAGUACAAAAGAGCCCAGAGAAUAGUGACUCAUGAUGAUACUUUGAUUGAAUUAUUUGAUCAAGAUAUUGUCAUGCAUAUGAGUGAAUUACAAAUGGUAUUAACACCUAAAUCCGUUUUGACGUUGAUGAAUUAUGCAAUGCUGACAUUCACAGAUCCAAAUGCUCCAGAGAUGCCAGCUGAUGCCUUAAGACAUAAUAAAGAAGACAGAGAAGACGCACCACAAAAGAUUAAUAUGAAAAUUAAAAUGGAGGCCGUUAACGUGAUUCUAAAUGAUGACUCGGUAAAGAUAGCUACUCUAGUUUUAUCAGCAGGUGAACUUAUGAUGGUUUUAUUACCGGAAAAAUACAACAUUAACUUGAAAUUAGGCGGACUAGAGUUGACUGAUGAAACCAACGAAUCAUUUUCUAGCGAUUCGGUGUUCAGAAAAGUAAUUCACAUGAAAGAUGAAGAGCUGGUCGAACUGACCUACGAAUCAUUUGAUCCAGCUACUAACACCAAAGAUUAUGAUUCAUCCUUAAAAUAUUCUACUGGUUCUAUGCACAUUAAUUUUAUCGAAAGUGCUGUAAAUAGAAUAGUCAACUUCCUUACCAAAUUUCAAAAAUCCAAAGUUUCCUUUGAUAGAGCUCGUCUUGCUGCAUACAACCAAGCUCCCUCCAUCGAUGCCGUAAACAAUAUGAAGAUGGAUAUCGUAAUCAAGGCACCUAUCAUUCAAUUUCCAAAGUUGGUAGGCACACACGAGAGCGAAUAUGAUACUAUGAGAUUUUACUUGGGUGAAUUUUUUAUUCAAAAUGUGUUUUCCGUGAUCGAUGACUCUCAUAAAAUAAAUCAUAUCAAACUGGGUGUCCGAGAAGGUCAAUUAUCAUCUGAUUUGUUUUUUGAUGGUUCAAGUCAAAAACUACAUUUGGUAGAAAACAUAGGUUUACUAUUCAAUAUCGACCGGGAUCCACUGCCACAAGAUGAUACUCCUGAGCUUAAAGUAACGAGUAAUUUCGAUUCAUUUGCAUUGGACUUAACAGAAAAUCAGCUGGCUUACCUGCUGGAGAUCUCCAGUAAAGUUUCGUCUGCCUUCAACAUCGCAGAGGAGGACCCCAGCACAUCAACAGGAAAAGACGCUGAUAAAAGUCCAUCUCCUGAUCCAGUAACCUCCAGUAGCGAAAGUGAACGCGCGGUUACUCCUCAAUCUUUACAAGAAUCAGGUAAUAGUAAUAUAAAGAAUCCUGACCAAAAAUACCUAGAUUUCUCUUUCAAGGCCCCUAAGAUCGCCCUCACUGUUUAUAAUAAGACAAAAGGUGUUACUUCUUUGGAUGAUUGUGGACUAACAAGAAUUAUAUACCAAGACAUCGGGUGUAAUCUUGGUCUCAAGAAUGAUGGCACAAUCGAUGGCCAGGCUCAUGUUGCAGCUUUCAGAAUAGAAGAUAUUCGUAAUAUAAAAGAUAACAAGCACACAGAAUUGAUACCAAAGAGUAGGAAUAAGGAAUAUCAAUUCGUAGCAAACAUUAGCAGAAAAAAUUUGGAAUCCGGGCGUCUGCUGAACAUUUCCAUGACGAUGGACAGUCCAAAAAUGAUUUUGGCAAUGGAUUAUCUGCUUUCUCUUAAGGAAUUUUUUGACGCGAUCGUGUCUAACAAAUCUGAGAGUAGUUCAUAUUAUCCAGAAACUGCAAAUCAAAAGACUGAAAAUAAAGCAGUUGUUCAAAAUGUAGAAGAAAGUGGUGAUGCAACCAAAAUUCAAUAUUCUAUUAACGUCAUUGAAACAGCUCUUAUUCUACUUGCUGAUCCAUGCAACAUAAAUACCGAAGCUAUAUCCUUCAAAAUUGGACAGUUUUUGGUAACGGACCAAAAUAUAAUGACUGUAGCAGCAAAUAACGUUGGUAUCUUUCUGUUCAAAAUGAAUUCAUCUGAAGAAAAAUUGAGACUGUUGGAUGAUUUCUCAUCUUCGUUAACCAUCGAUAAAAGAAAUUCAACUCCUCAAACUUUAUUAACAAAUAUACAGCUUUCUGUUCAGCCAUUGUUGAUGCGUAUCUCGCUCAGGGAUAUCCGUCUAGCCAUGGUAAUAUUUAAGAGAGUCACGACCCUGCUAAAUAAGAUGAAAGAACAGAAAAAUGAUGAAGAGGAAGAGGAGGUAACCGAGAAGAUUCAAUUCUCUCGUGAAUUUGAAAGGAAAUUAGCAGUCUUGGAUCCAAGUAUUUUGGGCGAGCGUAGUCAACCUAGCCAAAUCACCGAAUCCAAAUCCAUCGGAGAGCCUACUACAAUUUUGAAAAACGAAAUGUUUAAUGCCGAUUUGGGCGGUUUGAGACUUAUCUUGAUUGGUGACGUCCAUGAAAUGCCAAUAUUAGACAUGAAUAUAAAUGAAGUUACUGCUUCCGCAAAGGAUUGGUCUACUGAUUUUGAAGCCCUUGCUUCUUUAGAAACCUACGUUAAUAUAUUCAACUAUUCAAGAUCUAGCUGGGAGCCACUUUUGGAGAUGAUCCCAGUAACAUUCCAUUUAUCAAAGGGUCAUUCUGAAAUGGAUCCUGCGUUCUCUUUCGACAUUUUGACUCAAAGAGUUGCAGAAAUUACACUUUCAGCCAAAUCAAUCGCAAUGCUUUCUCAUAUUCCUGCGUCAUUAACAGAAGAGUUGCCGUUAGCCUCCAGGGUAUCCCAGAAGCCAUAUGAAUUGGUGAACGAUACAGAAUUAGAUUUUGAUGUGUGGAUAGAGGACAAAACGUCAGAGGCUAAAAACAAUCUCGUGGUUUUGAAGGCAAACACCUCGUUGCCUUGGGAAUUUGAAGAUUGGAGAAGUAUUAGAGAGAAACUAGACACUGAUAAAUCGAAAAAUGUUUUAGGGGUUUGUGUUUCCGGACAAGAAUAUAAAACUGUAWUGAACAUCGAUGCCACAACAGAAGGAGAAAAAUUACACGUUUUAAGCCCACCAAGGAAUAACGUACAUAACAGAAUUGUUUGUGAGGCUAAAUGUGAUGAAAAUAACGUGAAAAUCAUUACAUUUAGAUCAACCUUACUUUUGGAAAACACAACUUCGACUGGAAUUGAACUUUUAGUGGAACUCAAAGAUUCAGAUAAACAAUCUUUGAUUUAUGUUAUUAAUCCCCAUGAGAGCAAAUCCGUUCCUGUUGAAUAUGCCUAUAAUUCCGCUAUUAGAAUUAGACCAACAUCAGAGGGUUCAUAUGAUUGGUCGCAACAGACACUGUCUUGGAAAGACUUGUUAAGCAACCAAAUGUCUAUUUUCUGUCUUUCAAAGGAAGAACCUGACAAAAGGUUUCAUUUCGAAGUUGGCGCAAAGUACGAUGAAAGGGAACCGUUGGCUAAAAUAUUUCCUCAUAUGAAGAUAGUAGUUUCUGCCUCUUUGAUCAUUGAAAACUUACUCCCAGCAGACAUCAAUUUUUCUAUUUUCGAUAAAAGAGAGGAAAAGAGAACAGAUUUUUUGAAGACUGGAAAAACCAUGGAAAUACAUCAUAUUUCUUUAGACAGUUUUCUCCUGAUGUCUGUCCAACCACUGCAAGAUGGUGCUUCAGCUUCAAAACCCUCUAUUGUUAAUACACCACACAAGAGUCCAUUAAGCCCAGAAGAGUCGUUAUCCUUGACUCUAUCCGGAGGCCAGAAUUUGCUUCUAAAAUUAGACUAUAAGAAUAUUGAUGGAACAAGGUCAAAGGUCAUAAGAAUAUACUCUCCUUAUAUCAUUAUGAAUGCUACUGAUAGAGAACUAUACCUUCAAAGUAGUAUUACAAAUAUUGCUCAGUCUAAGAUUUUGCUUGAAAACGAAAAACGGUAUACUAUUCCGAAAAUGUUCUCAUUUGACAAAGAGAACGAUAAAAGCAAUAGAGCUCGUGUCAGAUUCAAGGAGUCGGAGUGGAGUUCGAAGUUAUCAUUCGAUGCCAUAGGUCAAUCGUUUGACGCAUCAGUUAGUAUAAAAAACAAGGAGCAAGAAUCCAAUUUGGGUAUUAAUAUUAGCGAAGGUAAAGGGAAAUAUUUGCUAAGUAAAGUUAUUGAGAUUGCACCAAGAUAUAUUAUUAGCAAUACUUUAAGUAUCCCUAUUGAAGUUUGUGAAACAGGAUCCACAGACAUUCAACAAAUUGAACCAAGCAUAACCAAACCUCUGUAUAGGAUGAGAAACGUUGUUAAUAAGCAAUUAGUGGUCAAAUUCUUGGGUGGAGACUCCGAUUGGUCGCAGCCAUUCUUUAUCAAGAAUGUCGGUGUGACUUAUUUAAAAGUUUUGAAAAAUGCAAGUCACAAGCUUCUAAAAAUUGAAAUUCUUUUGGAGAAGGCGACAAUAUUCAUAAGAAUUAAAGAUGGCAGUGACAGAUGGCCAUUUUCCAUAAGGAAUUUUAGUGAUCAUGACUUUAUUUUUUACCAAAGAGAUCCACAAAAGGUUAGUGAUCCAUACAAGGAUGACAAAUCUAUCGAGCCAUCGAACCGGAAUUUCAAGCCAAUAUUUUACAGAAUACCAUCGAAAAGUAUAAUGCCUUAUGCGUGGGACUUCCCAACAGCUAAGGAGAAAUAUCUAGUGAUAGAAUCAGGCACACGUACAAGAGAAGUUCGACUAGCCGAAAUCGGUGAACUGCCACCAUUGCGCCUAGACAGAAGGUCAAGAGAUAAUCCAGCUCCUAUUGUUGGUUUACAUGUUGUUGCUGAUGAUGACAUGCAAGCUUUAGUUAUUGUUAACUACAAGACCAAUAUCGGGUUAUAUAAAUUGAAAACUGCAGCUGCGGCUAGCAAUUCUUCGGCUUCGGUAAAUAGUUCAGCAACCGACGGAUUUGUGCAAAAGGAUGAGGACGAAAAGGUAAGCACACAAGUGGUUGUUUCGUUCAAAGGUGUCGGAAUAUCAUUAAUUAACGGCCAUUUACAGGAACUACUGUAUGUAAACAUGAGAGGAAUUGAAGUGAGAUAUAAUGAAUCUAAAGCGUAUCAAUCAUUCAGUUGGAAGUUGAAGUGGAUGCAAAUUGAUAACCAGCUAUUUUCAGGGAAUUAUUCAAAUAUUUUAUAUCCAACUGAAAUCCCUUACUCGGAAAAGGAAAUUGAAAAUCAUCCUGUGGUGUCAGGUUCGAUUUCUAAAGUUAAUGAUUCAUUGCAAGCUGUUCCUUACUUUAAGCACGUCACUUUGCUGAUUCAAGAAUUUUCCAUACAAUUAGAUGAGGAUAUGUUGUACGCUAUGAUGGAUUUCAUCAAAUUCCCAGGGUCCCCAUGGAUUAUGGAUUCAAAGGCGUAUAAAUACGAUGAAGAGAUUCAGCUACCUGAUGUUUCCGAACUGAAGGCUGCUGGCGAUAUUUAUUUUGAGAUCUUCCAUAUUCAACCAACCGUCUUGCACCUCUCCUUUAUACGAUCUGAUGAAAUUAGCCCAGGCUUGGCUGAAGAAACUGAAGAGUCAUUUUCGUCAUCAUUAUACUACGUCCAUAUGUUUGCUAUGACACUGGGUAAUGUUAAUGACGCACCUGUCAAGGUGAACUCUUUGUUCAUGGAUAAUGUAAGAGUCCCACUGCCAAUAUUAAUGGACCAUAUUGAGAGACACUAUACUACCCAAUUUGUGUACCAAAUUCAUAAGAUCCUGGGAUCUGCGGAUUGUUUUGGUAACCCAGUCGGUCUCUUUAACACCAUUAGUUCUGGGGUUUGGGAUUUAUUCUAUGAACCAUACCAAGGUUACAUGAUGAAUGAUAGACCUCAAGAGAUUGGUAUACAUUUAGCGAAAGGUGGACUAAGCUUUGCCAAGAAGACCGUUUUUGGUCUUUCCGACAGUAUGUCCAAAUUUACAGGGUCGAUGGCGAAAGGUUUAUCCGUGACACAAGAUCUAAAAUUUCAAAAGGUUAGAAGAUUGCAACAAAGAGUUAAUAGAAAUAACAGAAACCCCUUGGCCAACUCAGCUCAGUCAUUUGCUAGUACCCUAGGAAGUGGUUUAAGUGGUAUAGCGUUAGAUCCAUACAAAUCCAUGCAAAAGGAAGGUGCCGUCGGGUUCUUCAAAGGCCUCGGUAAAGGUAUGAUCGGACUGCCAACUAAGACAGCCAUUGGAUUCCUGGAUCUCACAAGUAAUCUAAGUCAAGGUGUGAAAAGCACGACCACAGUGCUUGACAUGCAAAAGGGCAGCAGAGUGCGUUUACCAAGGUACGUAGAUCACGACCAGAUCAUCAAAUCAUAUGAUCUACGGGAGGCUCAAGGACAAUACUGGCUCAAGACUGUUAACGGAGGAAUAUUUAUGAAAGAUGAAUACCUGUCACACGUCAUCUUGCCCGGCAAAGAACUGGCGGUAAUUGUGUCUAUGCAACACAUAGCCGAGGUACAAAUGGCCACGCAAGAACUGAUGUGGAGCACGGGCUAUUCGUCCAUCCAGGGAAUUACUUUGGAAAGAUCCGGCCUCCAGAUCAAACUCAAGUCCCAAUCCGAAUACUUCAUCCCUAUCAGUGACCCUAUGGAACGCCGGUCUCUGUACAGAAAUAUUGCUAUUGCCGUCAGAGAGUACAAUAAGUACUGUGAAUCCAUAUUGUGA